GGCAGGAAACCAACCGCCUCUUUUUUCCUCUCCGCCGGCGCGGUCGCGGCGCGAGCUCACUUCUCUCGAUGCUCGUGCGCGUGCGGAGGAGCGCGCGGCACAAGCCAAUUCAGACGGAAUUAUUAUGUCCAGGACCGCGGCGAGAGUCCCGCGCGCCGCUCCCUGCCCCUUUCUCCCGGCGGCGCUGCUGCUACUGGUCGCCGCCAGCCUGACGCGCGCGGCUGGAGCGCUGCGCGUGCGCCAGACGUUCUCAUCGCCGAGCGAGACGAACAACUUCGCGGUGGACGCCAAGUCGCGCCGCGUUUACGUGGGCGCCGUGAACGCGCUGUACCAGCUGAGCGGCGCACUCGCGCCCGAGGCCGAGCAGCGCACGGGUCCGGUGACGGACAGCGCGCUGUGCCACGCGCCGCAGCUACCGCAUGCGCCGUGCGAGCACGCGCGCGCUCUCGCCGACAACCACAACAAACUGCUGGCGCUUGACGGCGCGCAGGGCGUGCUGGUCGCGUGCGGCUCCGUACACCAGGGCUUCUGCGAACUGCGCAGUCUGGAGAACGUGACGCGCGUGGCCGUGAGCUUCCCGCCGCAAGACGCCGCCGUGUUCCCGAGCAUGCUGAACGUGGCGGCGAACCACGCCAACGCCAGCACGGCGGGCCUCGUGUUCCGCGUGCGCGGAGGGCGCGGAGUGAGCGCGCGCCUCCUGGUCGCCGCCACGUACACGGGCGCAGGCAGCGACUUCUUCCCACGCAACCUCAGCCGUGAGGACCUGCGCUUCGAGAACACGCCCGAGAUAGCCAUCCGCGCGCUCGACGCCUCCGAUCCCACGCGCCUUUUCACCUACGACAUCAACCCGUCCGAGGACAACGUGCUCAAGAUCAAGCAGGAGGCCAAAGCGCGCAACAAGCUCUCGUUCGUGCGCGCCUUCGCGGAGAACACCUACGCGUACGUGGCCAUGAACCGGGACGGGACUGGAGGCGCAAGUGGAGGAGGCGGAGGAGGUGGUUCCGGCAGCGGUGGUAGUGGCGGCGGAGGCGCGAAGGAGAGCGAGCCCAGCAGCGUGCUCGCGCGCAUCUGCCUGGACGCGGAGGUGCCGAGCAAAACCGCAGAGGCGCGCAAGCUCACCGAGUCGUACGUGCAGAUGGGGCUGCAGUGCGGCGCCGGGGGGAACGUGUAUGGUCGCCUCGUGUCCGUGUUCGCCGCCGAGCCCUACCUGUUCGCUGUGUUCGCCAGGGCGGGCAGCAGGAGGACGGCGCUGUGCGCGUUCCGCUUCGCCGAUGUGGAGAAGAGGAUACACGAGGCGCGCCGCAACUGCUCGAGCGGACCGAACGGAGACGUGCGCGUGCUAGACAGCGUCAUCCAGGGCUCCGGGGCCGAGUGCGAGGCGAAAGGAGUCCGUCAUCUCCAGCCGGAGCAGCUGAACUGUGGGGCAGCCCACCUGCAGCACCCACUCGCCCUCCAGAAGCCUCUCAGAUCUACUCCGCUGUACGAGGCGCCCGGCCUCAGCUCUGUUGCCGUGGAAGACGUCCAUAACCACAACGUAGUGUUCCUGGGAACCAGCAAUGGGUGGCUGCGCAAGCUGUCCCUGCGGGGGAACUUCUCAGUGGCCAAUCAGUGGUCACUGCGGCUCGCUGCUGGUGAAUCAGUGCAUCAUGUUAUGACCUUUGACCCCAAUGACAGAAACUACUUGUACCUUAUGACUACCCACCAUAUCUUCAGGGUCCAGGUGGCUGUGUGUGACCAGUACACAUCAUGCAGUGACUGUCUCAGUGCCAGUGAUGCCUACUGUGGGUGGUGCACACUGGAGAGCAGGUGCUCCAUUCAGGAGGAGUGCUCCAGUGGCGGUGUGGCCCGCUCUUGGAUCAACAUAAGGGAAGGACCCCAGCAGUGUCCCUCAAUGACCUUUACUCCAGCAGAACUCAGCAGGACUGCAAACAUUACGAAUGUGGGGAUCUUGGUUGACGGAAGUGUUCCAGACUUGGACGGUCUCGACCUCGAAUGUGAUUAUGGGGUUGGCAUAGCAACGGUCGCCACAGUACACCUGGACGACGGUACUGCCAAAAUCCAGACCUGCCCCUUGCCGCCUGCCAGCAAACUUCCUGAGAUUCCUUUGGGCAAAGACCACAUUGUAGUUCCUGUGUCCAUCAAGGUGAACGGCACCUCUGUGGUGUCCGGAAACUUUAUCAUCUAUGACUGUGAAAGAACAGGAGAGAUUCACUGGAAGACUGCGUGUACAAGCUGUCUGAGCACUAAGUGGCGGUGUUACUGGGACCAGCAGCAGAACUCAUGUGUUUCUGAUAAAGAUAAAGCAUUGGUGCUGGAGAAUGCAGCUGACUGCCCUAGUGUCUUACACCAGGAAUUCCCCCCAUGGCCCACAGGAAUCACUCAAGACGUCACCCUCCAGCUCAGCAAUGUGGAGCAGGACACACAGCUGAACUGUGACUUCGGGAAUGGGCACUUAUACGGGGCCCACUGGCUGGACAGACAGUCGGCCGUGAAGUGCAGUGGAGUGAUGCUGAGUACCACGAAGAGGAGCGAGAUAUUCUACCUUAACCUGAAGAAGAGAGGAGAAGAGAAGUACAUAGACAGUCCUCAGCCAGUUACAGUGGAGGUGUAUAGCUGCAGUGGUGGCGAUAGUGACUGUUCUCAGUGUUGGGGUAGAGAACAGCAGGGGCACCUGUGCGCCUGGUGUGAGAACAGCUGUCGUCCGCGAGACCAGUGCCAGCCAAUCAGAGCACAGUGUCCUGACCCCACCGUCCAAAAGGUCAGGCCACUCAGUGGUCCACUCAGAGGUGGGACUCUUCUGACAGUUCAGGGAAGAAAUCUGGGGCGCAAGGCUAAGGACGUGGAGGUGUAUAUCGGGGACGUUCCCUGCAACCUGGUGCCUGAAAGCUACACCGUUUCAGUAGAGUUGGUGUGUGAAACAGGAGCUUCUCCAAAAACUCUUAAGAGCAAGGUUGAAGUCCGAGUGAGAGAAAAUGGAAUGGGUCAUUCGACCGAGGCUUUCUCCUAUGUGGACCCCAGGCUGAUCGAUCUGAUACCCAAAGAAGGCCCCAUCGCUGGGGGAACACGACUCACCAUCACGGGGACAUCCCUGGAAACUGGAUCUGCGGUUAAAGUGAAGGUUAACAGCACUCAGGACUGCGAAAUUGACAAGCUGUCUGGUGACAUCAUCGAGUGUUGGAUGCCCCCGGCUGUGCCCGAUCAUGCCGAGGACGUGUCGGUGUGUGUGGAGUAUGAUGGGAAGCCGUGUGAGAAACAUCUCAGCAGUAUGUUCUCUUACAAAAAUAAUCCCACCAUCAGCGACAUCAAACCAAAAAAAAGUUAUCUGAGUGGUGGGCGCAUCAUCUCUGUGACUGGUCAAAGUUUUGAUCUGGUCCAGAAAGCCGAAAUGGAGGUGCUGGGUGUUGGUAAGUCGAAAUGCAGAAUCCAGUCACCUAAUCUCCUUGAGUGCCCCUCACCUGCUGCCAGCCAAUCACAGCAAGUCACAGCUCAGUUCUACCUGAAUGGGAUUUUGUACAGAGGGGAAAGCCACGCCUCCACUGGGCUGGACCUGGAGGAAGAGGAGGGGACUCAUGCAGGUCUCUUCCUGUUCGAGUAUGUGGAGGACCCUCAGUUUUACACAGCCAGCAAAGAGAAACUCAUCAAGCACCAUCCUGGUGAACCUCUCUUACUCGUCAUCAAUAAAGGGCCAAGCCAGUUGGAUUUAACAGAGGAGGAAUACUCCGUCAUGAUUGGCUCUGAUCUCUGUGACAUCACCUUCAAUAAUGAACAGAUGAUCUACUGCACCAUCAACAGAACACUGAGUUCCAGGACAGGAGAGCUGCCCGUUACUGUGCAUGUUGGCAAUUUCCAUAAACAGAUAGCAGUGGUUCAGAUGGGUGGCAGUGAACUGGCCAUCAUCGUCACCGUCGCAGUCUGCUGUGUCCUCCUGCUGCUAUGCACUGUGGCGCUGGUGGUAUACUGCACCAAGAGCCGGAGGGCAGAGCGAUACUGGCAGAAGACCCUCUUACAGAUGGAGGAAAUGGAGUCACAGAUCAGAGAGGAGAUACGCAAAGGGUUUGCGGAGCUGCAGACGGACAUGACUGACCUGACUAAAGAGCUGAACCGCAGCCAGGGCAUCCCCUUCCUCGAGUACAAACAGUUUGUAACUCGCACCUUUUUCCCGAAGAUGUGUUCAGACUACGAGAGGAGCCUGGUUCAGCCGGUGUAUGAAAAUGACCCUCAGGGACCGAGAGCUCUGCCUGAAACUCACCCUCUACUGCAAGACUGGCAGCCCUCCAACACUGCCAGGCCCAACAUGGAAGAAGGAAUUACUCUGUUUUCCACUCUUCUCAACAACAAGCACUUCCUCAUCACCUUCGUUCAUGCGCUGGAACAGCAGAAGGACUUCGCUGUGCGAGACAGAUGUAAUCUGGCCUCGCUGCUCACCAUCGCCCUCCACGGUAAACUGGAGUACUACACCAGCAUCAUGAAGGAGCUGCUGGUGGAUUUGAUUGACGCCUCGGCCUCCAAGAACCCCAAGCUGAUGCUGCGGCGCACCGAGUCUGUCGUUGAGAAGAUGCUGACCAACUGGAUGUCCAUCUGCAUGUACAGCUACCUCAAGGAGACAGUUGGUGAGCCUUUCUUCCUCCUCCUGUGUGCCAUCAAACAACAGAUCAACAAGGGCUCGAUAGAUGCUAUCACGGGAAAGGCGCGGUAUACCCUGAACGAGGAGUGGCUCCUGAGAGAGAACAUCGAGGCCAAACCUCUGAACAUUAACGUGUCGUUCCAAGGCUUCGGAAUGGACUCGGUGAGUGUGCGUGUGAUGAAUACAGACACCAUCUGUCAGGUGAAGGAGAAGAUUCUGGAAGCUUUCUAUAAAAACCUGCCCUUCUCCCAGUGGCCUCGGGAAGAGGAUGUUGACUUAGAGUGGUUUCCUGGGGGCGGCUGCAGCAGCAGAAUUCUUCAGGAUCUGGAUAACACCUCUGUAAUGGAAGACGGCAGGAAGAAGCUCAACACCGUGUUUCACUACAAGAUUCCUGAGGGGGCGUCACUUGCCAUGAGCAUGAAAGACAAGAGAGAGAACACACUGGGCAGAGCUAAAGACUUGGACACGGAGAAGUAUGUUCAUCUGGUCCCACCGCACGAUGAACUCGCGGAAACCAAGAAGUCUCAUAGGCACAGUCACAGGAAGAAGGUGUUGCCUGAGAUUUACCUGACACGUCUACUUUCCACUAAGGGAACACUUCAAAAGUUCCUGGACGACCUCUUCCAGGCUAUCCUUAGCAUCCCGCAAGAAAGGCCCCCACUGGCCGUGAAGUAUUUUUUUGAUUUCCUAGAAGAACAGGCAGACAAACGGGGGAUCACAGACCUGGACACGCUGCACAUCUGGAAGACCAACAGUUUGCCUCUGCGUUUCUGGGUGAACAUUCUGAAGAACCCCCAGUUCGUGUUUGACAUUGAUAAGACAGAUCACAUGGACGCUUGUCUUUCUGUCAUAGCUCAGGCUUUUAUUGACGCAUGCUCCAUCUCUGACCUACAGCUGGGGAAGGACUCUCCCACCAAUAAGCUGCUGUAUGCUAAAGAGAUUCCAGAGUAUAAGAAGAGAGUGCAGUGCUACUACAAACAGAUCCAAGAGAUGGCACCUCUCAGCGAGCAGGAGAUGAACGCCCACCUAGCCGAGGAGUCACGGAAAUACAGGAAUGAGUUCAACACCAACUUAGCCCUUACUGAAAUCUACAAAUACGCCAAGAGAUACCGCACUCAGGUGGUGAACGCCUUGGACUCCAACCCGACGGCCCGGCGCACUCAGCUACAGCACAAGUUUGAGCAGGUCAUUGCCCUGGUGGAAGACAACAUCUACGAGUGCUGCAGCGAAGCCUGAACACCAGCCAAUCCAAACUAGGCCUCCACAGGUCUGAGCCAAUCACAAUCCAAGCCUCGGGGUCGUGAGCCAAUGAAAACACAGCAACCGAACAUUCCUGUAGUCGAAUCUAAAAACAAGGGAGGGAAGCUCAAAGCUGCAAAAUCUAAGUGAAACAAAAAUAAUCUUUCGUAGCUGAUACUAUCAGCCCUUCUUCUUCUCGCUAUGGCUGGCUUGUGAGAGUGUUUAAUUCAUAUGCAAUCCAAAUACACAUUAAUGCCUGUCCACACAAGACGGGGGCUAAUUUAAUUUCAAGUCACUUUGUGUUGGGAGGCUGUUAAAUGUGGACUUAAGGGACCUGGGGUUCCUGCCAUUAUUUUUACGCACUGACCCCACCCUGGGGAAGAGCCAAUGAUGCACUGGACUGUAUAGUAAAAAAAAUUUCCACAGCAAUAUUUAUAGCUUUGUGUAUGAUUUUUAUAGCUUAAGUUCAAUGUGAAAGGCGAAAGAUAUGGGAAAGUCCUCCUAACCUGCACUGCUCAGAGGUUACAAACUGCUAAAAUGUUUUUGUUUGUUUUUUUUUUUCAUGCUCAUUUUACAUUUUUUUUUUAAAUGGAAUUCCUUGUUAAUCUUCAAGGAAAUAAAUCAGAAGGAAUUAUAAAUUCACAUCUGAUGGCCUGUACAAUGUAACCUUGGUGGUCUGACCUUUGGUGCUUAAGAUUCAAAUUAAUGAUUACAAGCACCUAUGUGAUUAUGCAGGUCACGGCCGUGAGGAGGACAAAGUUGCGGACUGUUUUAAAGGUUUUAGAAUGUUGACUAGUUUUGACUGAGUCUAAACUAAGCAGAAAUAUCAUGGGUUAUUGUGUUGGCUAGUCCGCUGAUACAGUUGUAAGUUUAUUGUGUUGCUUUCAUGGAGAAAGAGGGAAAUUUUAUCAAAUAAACCUAUGAACUUCACUAAUCAA